CGGGGCGAUCGCGGUAUGUCCCGGAGUCCCGGUACCCGGCCGCCCGCUGUUGUGCGCUACCGGCAGCCGUUAGUGAAUGAUCGUAUCGUCAGUGGUCCGCGAGAAACGAUUUGUAGAGAAAAAGACGAUGAACUCCGCUGUGGUUGGGCACACGCGACUCCACGAAGAGGCCAGCUUGUCGAAAUCGGAGGAAUUCUCGCCGCCCGAGAGAAAAUAGUCAUGAAUAAAGAUUCUUCUUUGUCAUCACCCUGGUGGAGCAGCAAGCGAUUACGCUUGGACGACGGGUGCAAUAACAAUUUAAACAGUACUGUCAACAGCGAGUCUCAAAAUAGUACAAGAUGGUCAUACUCUGGAAAUGCCAGUCUCAUAGAACCUGAAAUCCUAGAAGACAUGGGAGUUAGUAUGUUGGAAGAUGGUACAGUGAACUGUGAAAAAACAUCUGGAGACUGUAUAAUUUUACCAGCGAGUUUAGUUAAUAACAAAAAAUCACCGAUAGAUGAAGCUGACGGCUUUGAAUAUCAAGAAGAAGUUUAUACAAUUCCUAGUUCAGAAACUGUUAAUGCAGAGAGGAUACAAGAUUCAUGCGAUUUGGAUGAGUUAGCUAUUUUUGGUGGCGUAGAAAAUGAAUCUGGCUAUUCUUCGAGAAUGGAAGCUGAUUAUUUUGGGGAUUUAAAAGCAAACUUAACUAAAGAAAAGAUGAAUGCUUCUGCCGAUAAGAAUGAGCAAACUUGUUUAGAUAAUUUUUGUCUAUUUAGGAGAAAAAGGAAACCUUCCAUCGAAGGCGAAGACAAGUUUAACAAGUUAUCGGAUGAAAUAAUUUUGAUGAUAUUAAAAUGGUUACCUAAAAAAUGUUUGGUGCGCUCUAUGUUUGUAUGCAAACGUUGGUGUCAAAUAGCUCGCGACGAAGCAUUAUGGACUAGAUUAGAUCUAAGUAGUAAGGUUUUAAGCGAGGGCACAUUAGGUCAUAUAUUGCCUCGAGGGGUACAAAUUCUAAGAUUGGCGCAAGCAGAGAUCGCGGAUCCUAUCUUUUGUGAGGGCAGCGAAGUUUUCAACAACUUGUACAUUAGUAAAUUACAAUAUUUGGAUUUAUCCAUGGCAGUUAUCUCACCAAUUGGUUUAGCUGCAUUAUUAUCUAAAUGUAAAUAUCUGAAAAAGUUGUCACUGGAAAAUUGUAUAGUGAACAGAGACUGUUGUAAAGCCAUUAGUCAAAACAUUGAAUUAGAAGUUUUGAAUCUUACAAUGUGCAAGAAUAUGAACAUUGGAUGUAUCAUGGAUUUAAUGAAGCUCAAAAACUUAACUGUCCUCAAUAUGGCAUGGUGUUCCUUGGAUAGCGAAUGUAUGACUUUACUUUGUAAAACACUGCCAUCAUCCAUUAUACGCUUGAAUCUAGCAGGCUGUAGAAAAACAAUGACUGAUGAUAAUGUGAAAGACUUGUCAAGAAGAUGUCCAGAUAUUAUAGAAUUAGACUUGAGUGAUUGUGCUAUGCUUACAAUCCACACUGUUCAUAAUUUAUUAAAUUUUUCAAGACUGGAACACUUAUCAUUGAGCCGUUGUUACAGCAUUCCGCAGUCUGCAUAUAUAAGAUUAGCUCACAUGCCGUGCUUAUUAUAUUUAGACGUUUUCGGCUUGAUGUCGGACUCUGUGCUCAAGUCAUUACAAGCCAAUUGCCGUGAAGUGCCGGAAAUCAACAAGUACCUCUACAGUUCUGUCGCACGACCAACGGUCGGUAUUCGAAGAACCAGUAUUUGGGGUCUCCGAGUUAGAGAUUAAAUUCACACAAAUAUAGACAAUAUUUUCAUCAAUUCAUAAUAAAUCAAGGAACAGAUUUUACCAAAGGGAAACCGAUCUAUAAUACUGUAUCUUUUUGCAAACAGACUGAAUACUGUAUUGAUAAAAUUAAUUUAAUUUGGGGAAGUAUUUUCUAUCCUUUUUUUUUCCUUUUUUUUUUUUAGUAAGAUAUAUAUAAACAUUUAAAGUUAAUAAUGUGUUCUUUUCUAAAAGUUUAAUAUUGAACUGUUGCUCAGGUAUUUUUAGAAGCUUUAUGUAUAUAUAUAAUAUUCUUAGCAUAACAUUUUGUGUGUGUACUUUUGAUAUUUAAGAUAUAGAAUUACGGCUGUGCGAGACCGUCUUAUUUACAAAAAGCUUCUGAUUGUGAUCUAUUGAAUUUUGUCAACAAUUAUUGUUUUCCUAUAUACUGAUUUUUACAAGUAAAGAUCUCAGAAAAUUAUUAAGUGUGGCUGGAUAAAUAUGUUAUAAAAAA